AUGCCACCCGAUAUGGCAACACGCAUCCCGAACGCGGACCCGACUUCUGACGACGCCCGCCAUACCGACCGCCCGUCACCUGCGCACGCGUCAGACGCGCCUGAAGCAGCCUCAUCCGCGACGCGUCCCCGUCUGACGUCCCCCGUCGCCGCCGCACCGCCCAGACGCACCUUCUUCGACCCCUGGAACAGCUCCAGUACCGGCCAUCAGCGCGCGGAGAACCGCCUCGGAGGCUCCACUUCAUGGCGCGCCUCACGGAGCCUCAAGCUGGGCGAGCAGUUCAGGGCAGGCAGAGGCGGUGGCAAGAGAGUCGCGGAUACGGUGGGUGCAGGGAGUGAGGACUUUGGCAAGGAUGGCCGCAAGGACAACGGCAGCUGGGAGAAGGGCGCAAAGGGUCUGAGGACCGGUGGACAGAAGAGCCUGGCCGAGGUAUGGGCUGCCAGCAAGGCCGGCAGCAGCAGGAAGCCAUCACAGGAGAAAGACGACGGUAUUGCGACUGUCUCUAAGCAUGCGCCAGACAUGGGGACAGACUCAGACACGCAUCCCCAGAGCGACGUCUCCUCAGCCUCGUCAAAACCUUCCGAAAAGCAGAUCUUCACCGGCCUCUGUUUCUAUCUCAACGGCUCCACCGCCCCUCUAGUCUCAGACCACAAGCUCAAGCAGCUCUGCGCUGCCCAUGGCGCUAGCCAUUCGAUAUCGCUCGGCCGCCGAACCGUAACGCACGUCAUACUUGGUCGAGUAAACUGCAUUGGCAGUGGGGGUGGUGCAGGCGGCGGCCUAGCAGCAAGCAAGAUGCAGAAGGAGAUUACUCGUUCAGGUGGCAAGGCUGUCAAGUUCAUCAAUGCGGAAUGGGUUCUAGACAGCAUCAAAGCCGGGCGCCGCCUCCCAGAGUCUCGCUAUUCGCCGCUGAAGCUAGCGCACCAGUCGCAAAGUAGCGUACUGGGUAUGAUGCGCAUUGGUGCUACGAGUUCGAAGCAGCAGCAAGAGCAGCAGCAGGGAUGA